AUGUUUAGAUAUAAUUUUAAAUAAUUGAAUAAUGUAUUUAGAAUUAUAUUAAAAGGGCAAAUAAAUUAAGUCCGUAAAGAGUGUUUACGGAUAUAGAAAGAGAGAAGAAGAGUGAAAAAUGAAAAAAACAAUAUAUAAGUUGAGUGUUGAUGAAACAGAUUUAUUAAUAUAAAAUAU